GAAGCUGUCUGUAAAAUGCAGCGUUUUGCUGGAAUUAAAGAGACUGGCAAGCUAGAUCAUGCUACUUUAGAACUGAUGGCCAGACCUCGCUGCUCUCUCCCGGACACCGUCAGCUCUGAGGAUCUGCUGAAAGGAAAGAGGAGAGGUAAAGAGAAGCUGAAGAGGAGAUAUACUCUGCCAAGGUUGAGCUGGGACAAGACCGACAUCACCUGGAGCGUGCAGGAGUUUCCCUCUCCCUCUAUGUCUCCCACUCUACAUCCCGGGCUGGUGAGGCUCAUUUUGACCUCUGCCCUCCGAGUAUGGAGUGAUGUCACACCUCUGCGUUUCCACCCUUCUCCAUACGACCCAUCACCACAGAUAGACAUCAAAGUCACCUUUGCCAGCGGCUACCAUGAAGAUGGAUAUCCUUUCGAUGGCAAAGGGGGCACUCUGGCACAUGCAUUCUUCCCAGGAAAGGGAGAUCUUGCUGGUGACACACACUUUGAUGACGGAGAGAGCUGGAGCUAUGGAGAUUGGAGCAGCUCCACAGAUUUAUUCACAGUUGCAGUUCAUGAGUUUGGUCAUGCUUUAGGCCUGUUUCACUCAUCCUCCAAUGACUCCAUCAUGAAGCCUUAUUACCAUGGUCCUGUGGGAGACAUGCGCAGUUACUCUUUAUCCCUUGAUGACAGACUGAGAAUACAGGCGCUUUAUGGAAAGAGACAAACUUUUAAACCUUCUCCAUCUGUUGUUGCACCCACAACUCAUCUGCCCCACUUCUCGACACCAGCUCCUUCACAUCCUCCCGAUCACCCAGCAGCCUCUGUUGAUCGCUGUCAGGGAGGUUAUGAUGCAGUCGCUAAUAUCAGAGGAGAGGUUUUCUUCUUUAGAGGUCCACACUUUUGGAGAGUACAUCAUUCAGGCUCAUUAAUGUCAUUGACUGCAGCUCUGAUCCACAGCUUCUGGAUCGGUUUGCCUCCAGAAACAUCCAGAGUUGAUGCAGUAUAUGAGAGAAGAGAUGGACAUAUUGUAUUCUUCAUUGGUAAUCAGUACUGGGUAUUUAGAGACACAGUGUCCCUCCCUGGGUACCCGCAACCACUUUCAGAAUGGGGAUUAUGCACUUCUGCAGGAGGACUUCCAGAGAGGGUGGAGGCAGUAUUUGUGUGGCCACACAAUGGGAAGACAUACCUGUUCAGUGAUGGAGAGUACUGGAGGUUUGAUGAAGUGGGAACAGAGAGGAAGCUGGAGGAAGGGUACCCUAAACCAGCAUCCAUCUGGGGGAUGCCCUCUCACCCUGAUGAUAUCAUUGGAUUUCUAGAUGGAGACACUUACUUCUUUAAAGACUCAAACUACUGGAUUUUAAAAAGAGGAGGCCUGGACCAGGAAUCUGCUUCCCCAAAGUCUAUUGCGACUGACUGGAUGAAAUGUGAUGGUCACAUUUCAACUCACACUCCUGAGAUUCCCAGAGGAGACCAAGAUUGUACUUGUGUCCAGAGUGCAGCAGUUAUAAUAUGUGCUUUGUCAUCUGUUAUAUAUUCAAUUAUCAUAGUUUGGAUUUUGGGUCUUAUAUUUUACCGAUAA